AUGGACGACUUGCGUUUCCGCUCCCAGCAGCAGCAGCAGCAGCAGCAGCAUCAGCAGCAGCAGCAGCAGCCGCAGUCUAGGAAUGAGCUGCCAAUCUCCUCUCUCGUUUCACCACCUCGUAACGGCACCUCCAGGAUGGUCAUGCAGCAACCAUCCCCUCAUGACCAUCGCGCAAACCUUCCUCGCCGCUUCACCACCGACUCCAGCCGCGUCCCGACUCUCGCUAGCAUGACUUCGCCUUCUAAAGCCCUUGAGCUGCCGCUCGAGUAUUCGGCUCCAAAUCAAACACUGCACAAGGUUCAAUUGAUUGAACAAAAGAAAUUGGAGUAUGAGAGAAUUCGAGAGCAGCGCCGGCGCUUCGAGCUGGAAAUGCAAAAGCUCGACCAGCAGCAGCGUCGCGAGGCUCAGGAGCUCGCUCAAAUGGAGGAAGAAAUCGUUCGUCUCAGCGGCCACCAGUCCGAACCCACCACGCCUCCCGAGUAUCGCGACCACAACUCAGGCUUUCCCUCCAUGUUCUCGCGACCGAACCGCUAUUCCACCUCGAGCCUUACGUCGCCCCCAGGCAUCUUCAACCGCCCAGGCAGGUCAGGCUCCCAGGUGACUUCUCCACCAUCUGGCAUGAUGCAGCCUCGUUACGGAUAUGACGAACCACUCCCCUCGCGAUCCGUUCCCACCACUCGUCGAAACAGUGACGACGAGAAGGAAGAGGCCGUUCGUCAAGACCCCUCCAGCCACCGAUCUGGCAAUGUCUUCAACCGUUACUCGAUGCCAGUUACCAAGUCCAAGACUGGUAUGUAUGAAGCCAACCUCGACCAGACCAACACGACUCGAUUCCUGUUCGGUGAUGACGAACCGAGCGCCUUUCCGCGACGUGAUACCCCUGAUCAUAACUUCCCGACACUCGUUCGUCGUGACGAUCAAAUUCUUUCUGCAUCUUCUGCUGCCCUCGACCUUGCCUUGUCACCAUCGCCAAAGCCUGAUGCCAGCAGAAACUGGGGUAAUGUUAACCGACAUCGCGCACAGCAGAGUCUUUCCUCUUUGAACAUCAACGGGAAUUCUAGCCAGCUCAGUGACUUCAGUGCUAUCGGAUCCCGCCCUGCUUCUAUGCGACACUCUCUUGAUCUCAAGUAUAUUCCUGAGAGCAGCGACGGGAACCCUGGUGUCAUUUCUCCGAAGAGCAGCCACGUUAUCACCACUCCCCCCAAGCUCCAGAGCUCCUUUUCCGCUAGCGAGAUCCCGACUGUCAAGAGCUCCUCCGGAUCCUCCAUGAUGACCAGUAAUGCCAACAACCAUGCCCAGCAGCAUUUCCAUAACCACAAUGCCAACAUGGGAAGAAUUCCUGCUGGUGCGGUACCAACACGCCAUAGCCGUGAACUCUCCGGCGACGGCUCCAUGAAUGUCGGUCGGGACCAGGUUGGGCCUUACCAGUCUCUGCACUCUGCUUUGCAAGCAAGUGCUGCGCCGUUUGGUCCCAGCAUGACCUCCGCGGCUCCAUUUAGCUCGGCAACCGCCACCUCCGCUUCGACGGCGCCAGCAAUGAACGGCAUGAAUGGUAUUGGCGCAAUUAACGGAAUGAAUGGGUACGCUGGCUACUAUCCUCCGAAUGGCUACCAGAACAACGGUCCUACUGCUGCACAAUUUGGUGGGCCAAUGCUGGCAGCCGGCAUGCAGCAAAUGAACCUGAAUGGUGUUACAUCGGGAAAUAUGUAUCCCGUGCAAAACUUUUCAGGUUACAAUGGCGUUCCGUUCCAGCAUGGCACCAGUGUACCCCAGAGAGACAGUCAGGCCCGCGUUAUCCAGAAUCGCCGCCAGCAACUCGACCCUGAUGCCAUGUCUCGCUACCAGAACAUGCCUCUCGAAUCUUUCCGCUCCCAGAUUUACGAUCUUUGCAAGGAUCAGCACGGCUGCCGCUAUCUUCAGAAGAAGUUGGAGGAACGCAACCCCGACCAAGUCCACAUGAUUUGGCUCGAAACUAACCAGCACGUCAUCGAGCUCAUGACGGACCCAUUUGGUAAUUAUUUGUGCCAAAAGCUCCUCGAGUUCUGCAAUGACGACGAGCGAACCGUCUUGAUUCAAAAUGCCUCUCAGGACAUGGUCCGCAUUGCCCUCAACCAGCACGGUACCCGCGCCCUGCAGAAGAUGAUUGAGUAUGUCAACACCCCUCAACAGGUGCACCUUAUUAUCGAAGCUCUUCAAAACCGCGUUGUGGAGCUCAUCCAAGAUCUGAAUGGAAACCACGUCAUCCAGAAGUGUCUUAACAAGCUCACUUCUGCCGAUGCGCAGUUCAUCUUCGAUGCUGUCGGCAAAAAUUGCAUCGAAGUCGGUACCCAUCGCCAUGGCUGCUGUGUCUUGCAACGCUGCAUCGAUCAUGCAUCUGGGGACCAGAAGCAGAAGCUUGUUCGGGCCAUCACCGCCCAGGCCAGGAUUCUUGUGCAGGACCCUUUUGGCAAUUAUGUCGUCCAGUAUAUUAUCGACUUGAACGAGCCAACAUUCACCGAACCAGUUGUCGCCACUUUCAAAGGAUGCAUUGGACAGCUGUCGCGCCACAAGUUCAGUUCCAAUGUCAUCGAAAAGUGCCUGCGCUGUGCCCAACCUCCGUCCAAAGAUAUGAUAGUUGGAGAAAUGCUCGUGCCCGCAGAGAUUGAGCGCCUACUGCGGGACUCCUUUGCCAACUAUGUUAUUCAGACAGCCCUGGAGUUUGCGACUCCCCAACUCAAGUACCAGUUGGUGGAAGCCAUUCGACCCUUCUUGCCACAGAUCCGCACUACGCCCUACGGACGGCGCAUUCAAGCCAAAAUCUCGGCCUACGACGGCCGCGGAAGCGCUGCGACCAGCGGCCAAGUCACCCCAGCAGACAACACGCAAGGGCAGAUCCCUCUGCGACCAGCCCACGCGAGAGGUGUGUCUGGCACCAUCGCGCAGAACAAUCUUGCUGCCCACGGGACUGGUGUCCCUAACAACGGUGCCCAAACCGCCCGCCAGAGCUUGCCUUCGUACAAUGGCAACGGUGGAAUGGCUUCUGCAGUCUCAGUGCAGCCUCCUGUUCAGCAGCCUCAGUUUGGCCGGAAUGCUGGCGCCACCAAUGGGUCGACUCCGCCGACAACCAUGAAUGGCGGUGCUGAGAACAUGGAGACUCGCUGGGUGUAA